UGUGCAGGUGAACAACAUCGCGGAAGCAGCAGCACCAGCAGCAGCAGAGGACCGAGUGUUAAUUGUGAACGCGGAUCAUGAAAAAAGCCGAGUUAAAUCAUUAACCAGAUGCGCGGUGACAUGAAAAGACGAGAACGCGCGAUGAGCGACAGCAUGAAGACGCAGCUGGUGAGCGCCAUCCACCUGCAGGAGGUGGAACUGCAGCAGACACCUGCGGACGACAAGCAGCACGUGGUGGACCACAGCGGCGACGACGCUAAUCCCACGUACACGGUGGAGGACGCCGUGGAAACUAUAGGCUUUGGUCGUUUUCAUGUCAUGCUCUUCAUCAUCAUGGGGAGUUCAAAUAUCAUAGAGGCCAUGGAGAUCAUGCUGUUAGCCGUCGUUUCUCCUGAGAUUCGCUGCGAGUGGCGUCUUAAAGACUGGCAGGUUGCCCUCGUCUCCACGAUGGUGUUUCUUGGUUUCAUGCUCUGUGGCGCUCUCGGAGGAUACAUUUCUGACAGAUACGGACGCUGGAAGGUGGUGUGCGGCGGCUUCGUGUGGAGCGCUUACUUCUCUUUCCUCACGUCCUUUGCUCCGACGUAUGGUUGGUUCAUCUUCCUGCGCAGCAUGGUGGGAUGUGGGGUCGCAGGAGUGUCACAGGGAUUCGUGUUGAAGACGGAGUUCAUCCCGGCCAAAUACCGCGCCUAUCUUCUUCCUCUGGCCUCGAUCUUCUGGAUGAUCGGCUCCAUGCUCAUCAUCAUCCUGGGGAUGCUGGUGGUGCCAACUCUGGGCUGGAGGUGGAUGAUCCGGAUCUCUGUGGCUCCGAGCAUCAUCCUCAUCUUCCUCUUCAAGUUUAUUCCAGAAUCGGCUCGUUACAACGUGUCGGCAGGAAACAUAGACGAGGCCGUUAAAACUCUGGAGUGGAUCGCAAACAUGAACCGAGUGUCACUUCCUGCGGGACGACUAGUGGAGAAGGCCGAGGAAUCUCGAGGCAGCUGGAGGAUUCUGCUCAAUCCAUCAUUGAGGCGAACGUCUCUGCUGCUCUGGUACUCAUGGUUCGUGGCGUCCUUCUCGUACUACGGCUCGGUGCUGAGCAGCUCGGAGCUCCUGGAGAAAAACCUGCUGUGUGUGACGGACGCCGACCGCGAGCAUCAGGUGAAGCACCAGCACGAGGACGGACUGUGCUACUGCAUCCCGUUCGCAAUCGCCGACUACCAGACGCUGCUCAUCAGCUGCCUCGGAGAGUUCGCGUUGAUUCCGUUAAACAUCUGCCUGCUGAAUGUGUGUGGACGCCGGAAGACUCUGACAGUGCUGCAGCUGCUGGCGGCUAUUUUGUUCAUGAUGAUCAGCAUCUGCACCACCAUGUUUGGCUUCACUGUGCUGCUCUUCCUCCUCCGGUCUCUGGUGUCCAUGAACUUUAAUGUGGUUUACAUUUACACGGCUGAGGUUUAUCCAACUGUGGCUCGGUCUCUGGGGAUGGGUUUCUGUACGUCGUUCAGUCGCAUCGGAGGAAUGAUCGCACCGUUUAUCGCACAGGUGCUGAUGUCUCAGUCCGUGAUUCUGGCUCUCAGUCCGUUCGCUGUGACCUGCGUCGUCUGCGCUCUGGGAAACUUUCUACUGCCAAUAGAAACUAAAGGGCGCGCCCUCCUGCAAAAAUCUUGACAACGUCCCGUAAACGAGACGUCUUUUCUGAUUGUUCAGGUCACAUGUGCAAACAUAUUGAAUGUAAUUCAUAUUAAGUGUUUAUUACUUUUUAUUUUUUAGAAAUGAUUUAAUUUAUUUAUUAAUGAGAAUAGAGAACACAGCUGUAUGUGGUUUACUUUUCAUAAAUCUUUGUUAAAUAGCUCUAUAUUCUAAACUAGAGGCUACAUCUUCUUUCACUGUACCCCCCUGAUGCACUACCCCCCCAUCCCUGUCCCUUUCCCUCCAAAAAAGAGAGGGAAGGGAGUGCUAAUGAGAGCAAAGAACAAGAUGUUAGCCAUUAUAGCUAAAAUGUAGCUAAGUGAUAUUCACUAGUUAGCUAAAAUCAUAGCUAAAAGCUACCCAGAAGAUACUUCGAUGGUCUGCUAAAGGUUAGCCAGAACCUAGCUAAAAGUAAGCUAGGAGUUAGCAUUUCAGCAGCAGCUUUUUUUACAUUUUGUACUGUUACAAACUUUUUGACCACGAUGUCCUUCUGUAUUAAAACGACUAAACAUAAAAUUGUGUUAUUAGAUAAUUUACUCUUUUGGGUUUUUAGUUUAUUGGACAUUUGAGAUAUUUACGGGUAAAAGAAAAGCUGUUUUGUUGAAUUACUGAACGUUUACACGUUUAUUUCCAUGACAAUGUGUAAGGAAAAGACAAAGCUAAUGCAAUUAAAAAAAAUUCAAGUCAAA